AUGCAUUUGCUUGCUGAAGCAACUACGAAAUUCACAAUUGAGCUGUACCGGCAGCUCAGGGAAACAGAGAAUAACAUCUUCUACUCCCCGAUCAGUAUCAUGACAGCAUUAGGAAUGCUCCAGCUUGGAGCCAAAGGAAACACUAGACAGCAAAUUGAGAAGGUUCUUCAAUUCAACGGAGCCACAAAAAAGACAACAAAAAAAUCUCCAGACUGUCACGAUGAAACAUCAGAAAAUGUCCAUCACCAAUUUCAAAAGCUUAUGACUCAACUAAACAAAUCCCACGGUGCUUAUGACCUGAAGGCUGCCAACAGUAUCUAUGGAGCAAAGGAGUUCCCAUUUCUCCAGGAAUUUUUGGAAGACAUUAGGAAAUUUUACCAAGCCAAUGUGGAAUCACUUGAUUUUGUACAUGCUGCAGGAGAAAGCGAAAAGAAGAUUAAUUCCUGGGUAGAAAGUCAAACAAAUGGAAAAAUCAAAGACUUAUUUCCUAAUGGGAGCCUGAGCAGUAGCACUGUACUGGUUCUCGUGAAUGCAGUGUAUUUCAAAGGACAAUGGGAUCACAAAUUUGAUGAAAAGCAUACUAUAGAAGGAAAAUUUUGGCUUAAUAAGAAUACUAGUAAAUCUGUCCAGAUGAUGAAACAAAAAAACGAGUUUAACUUUAACAGACUGGAGGAUGUGCAGGCCAAGAUUGUGGAAAUACCAUACAAAGGCAAAGAGCUGAGCAUGUUUAUCCUUCUACCAAAUGAAACCGAUGGUCUGAAGAAGCUUGAAGAUAAUCUCACCCCUGAUAAGUUAAUAGAGUGGACAAGCCCACAGAAUAUGAACAUGAUAGAGCUGUAUUUAUCCUUACCUCGAUUCAAAGUGGAAGAGAAGUAUGACCUCCCGACUCCACUGGAACACAUGGGGAUGGUGGAUGCUUUCAGUGCACAGAAUGCCGACUUCUCAGGCAUCAGUGACAAUCGAGAUCUCGUGGUGUCUAAAGUUUUACACAAGUCCUUUGUAGAAGUAAAUGAAGAGGGGACAGAAGCUGCAGCUGCCACGGGGGUAGAAGUGUCUUUAACAUCAGCAUUAAUAACUGAAGAUUUCUCUUGUGAUCACCCUUUCCUCUUCUUCAUCAAGCAAAACAAGACCAACAGCAUCCUCUUCUUUGGCAGAAUGUCUUCUCCUUAA